AUGAGCGUGUGUGGGCGUAAGGCUCUGACGCUGCUGAGCAGUGUGCUGGCGGUGAGCGGCGUGGGGCUGCUGGGGGUGGCCGUCAGCACAGACUACUGGCUCUACCUGGAGGAGGGCCUCAUCCUGCCCCUCAACCAGAGCACAGACGUACGCAUGUCCCUGCACUCCGGCCUCUGGAGGGUCUGCUUCCUCACAGGUGAGCUGAACACCUGGAGCCACUGUACUGCCAUGCAAAGGCAAAGUGAGGAGAUGGGUCGCUGCUUCACCAUUGAGUACAUCAUGCCCAUGAAGGUGCAGCUGACCAGCGAAACCACCGUCAGCGUCCUCAAGAUGAUCCGUUCGGCCACCCCCUUCCCGCUGGUCAGCCUACUCUUCAUGUUCAUUGGCUUCGUCCUCAACAACAUCGGCCAUUUCAGACCCCACCGCACCAUCAUAGCAUUCGUCUCCGGAAUAUUCUUUAUCCUCUCAGGUCUGGCGCUGGUGGUGGGGCUGGUGCUGUACAUCUCCAGUGUAAAUGAUGAGAUGGUGGGCGCGAACAGGAGUAGUGAGGCCUACCUCAGCUACAAGUAUGGAUGGUCCUUCGCAUUUGCUGCCAUCUCUUUCCUCCUCACAGAGAGUGCAGGCGUCAUGUCCGUCUACUUGUUCAUGAAGCGCUACGCGGCGGAGGAGCUGUACCGUCCGCACCCCGGCUUCUACCGACCACGGCUGAGUGACUGCUCCGACUACUCAGGCCAGUUCCUGCACCCGGAGGCCUGGGCACAGCGCGGACGCAGCCCCUCGGACCUGUCCAGCGAGGCCUCGCUACAGAUGAGCGCCGCCAGCUCAUACCCCGCCCUGCUCAAGUGCCCCCCGGACUACGAGCAGGUGACCUCCUCCUCGCCCUGCUGA